GUUUGUUAUCGAUAGCUCCUACUGCACGUGUCGCAGUGUUUAUUUAUUUGUUUUUCCUUAGCAGAAAGAAUAAUUACAUUUUUAUUAAGCAAACUAAAGAAAUAAAAUAAAGCAGAAUGGCUAGACGACCAGAGCACUCAGCGCCACCAGAGAUUUUUUACAACGACGACGAAGCAAAGAAAUAUUCAUCAAACUCGCGCAUCAUAGAAAUUCAAGUGGAAAUGGCAGAGCGUGCGCUUGAGCUGCUUGCGCUGCCUGAAGAUGAUGAAACGCGUCUUAUAUUGGACAUCGGCUGUGGCUCGGGACUCUCAGGCAGUGUGCUAGAGGACAGCGAUCACAUGUGGAUUGGUGUUGACAUAUCCAAGUCUAUGUUGGAUAUAGCAGUAGAGCGUGAGGUUGCCGGCGAUGUGAUCCUGGGCGAUAUGGGCGAGGGCAUGCCUUUCAAACCGGGCACCUUUGAUGGCGCAAUAUCAAUCUCAGCACUGCAAUGGCUUUGUAAUGCGGACAAAUCCUAUCACAAUCCGCACAAGCGUUUGCUCAAGUUCUUUAGCACAUUGUUCUCCAGCCUAACACGCACGGCACGUGCUGUCUUUCAGUUUUAUCCAGAGAAUUCAGAUCAAAUCGAAAUGGUCACUGCACAGGCUAUGAAGGCGGGUUUUUAUGGCGGCUUAGUUGUAGACUAUCCCAAUUCAGCCAAAGCCAAGAAAUAUUAUUUGGUGCUAAUGACAGGCGGAGCUUCAGAAUUACCGAAGGCUCUGGGUACUCCGGAGGAAGAGCGUCGUAUCAACUACAUAAAAAAACGUGAUGCGUGUCGCGAAGCUCGUGGCAAGGCUCCAAAGAAAUCACGGGAUUGGAUAUUAGCCAAGAAGGAGCGCAGACGUCGUCAGGGCUUGGAUACACGUCCAGAUACUAAAUAUACGGCACGAAAACGUAGUGGACGUUUUUGAGAUGUACAUAUGUAAAUAUACAGAUUUAUUUACAAUUUUCCUAUUUUUUGAACAAUUAGGCUUAACUUAGUUAUGUUUAAGAGAACUAG